GUUGGGGUCACAGCCCCAAGCUCACAACUGACACCCCCCCGCCUUCCAGGAUGAAGCUGGACUUUGGGGAGGUGCUGAAGGCACGGGUGCUGGAAGAGUGGUUCCCACUGCAGGAUGGAGGCCGGGGGCGGCUGCACCUGCGCUUGGAGUGGCUGACAUUGCUGCCUGAUGCCUCCAAACUGGAGCAGGUUCUGCAGAGGAACCGCACGAUCCCAUCCAACCCCGACCCACCGUCAGCCGCCAUCCUGGUGGUUUACCUGGACCGUGCAGAGGAGCUGCCUGUGAAGAAGCCCGGGAAGGAGCCCAACCCCGUGGUGCAGGUGUCUGUGCAGGAUGUGACGCGAGAGAGCAAGGUGGUGUACAACACACGGCACCCGGUGUGGGAGGACGCCUUCCGCUUCUUCCUGCACGACCCUGCGCACCAGGACCUGGACAUCCAGGCAAGCCCCCCCCGCCCCCCCAGCCCCACACAAAUGCCCCCCCAUCUGCGCCCCU